CACUUUUCACACCCAAAAAAAGGUGAUCAAAGCUACUUCCAGAGGAGGGUUAUUAUUAUUUUUUGAUGCAAUAUUUAUUUACUUGUUUAUUCAAUGUAAACAACACAUUUCUCUAUGCUUUCGCACUUCACUUUUUCGACCUCGGAAGUUACGGAUCACCCGUUCGUUGUACCGAGCUAGAUUCGUUAUAUUCUUACGUGCGGACGUCGAGCAGUAGUGAGAUGUAAGAACCGUUCAAAAAUAGUGAUCACUGUUAAACUUCCAGAGUUGGUUGUUUAAUUAUUUUUGGAAAAUUGUUGUUGCUGUGUUGUUGUUGUACCUCGGAAGUUGUAGAUCACCAACAACUCACACCCUCAUUUCGGUUAUAUACCAAAUAAGGAACGUCUAGCGUUAGUGAGAUGUAAAUAAAACAUACGAGGCGGCGUCAAAAACAAGUAAAAGGAAACGGGUUUCUCGACGUGAAACCUUCGAUUUAUUCAACAGAUUAAUGCAAUUAACACGGUUUUUAACCGAAAUUUUUCAGUGCACUGUUUUUUGACCUUGCCGUUCUAAUUAUUUUAUUAUUAGCAUGAGGAAAUGUGCUACAAAAACGAGACGCAAAACUUCGAAAGAAAUGGGCUUUUCUGGAUUAGUAGCGCGACUUUCAUCCAAUAAUUACAACCUGGGCCUCAGGAUGUUUCUCGGUCCUUUGGCGUUCCUCUUCGUCUUUUUCCUGCCUCGAAUCUCCGGUCAUGGCCGUUUGAUCGACCCACCAAGUCGGGCUUCAGCUUGGAGAUAUGGUUUCGAUACGCCUCACAAUUACAACGACCACGAACUCUACUGUGGAGGUUUUACGAGGCAAUGGGUGAAGAAUGAAGGCAAAUGCGGCGUCUGUGGAGACGCCUGGGAUUCGAAGAUUCCCCGAGCGCACGAAUUCGGGGGCACCUACGGCCAGGGCGUCAUCGUGCGCAAAUACACCGCCGGCUCUGUGAUCAACAUCCGCGUCGAGCUGACCGCCAACCACUUCGGCUACUUCACCUUCGCCGUCUGUCCCGACUUCAAACGCGCCACGCAAAAGUGCCUCGACAAGCACGUCCUCAAACUGGUGAAGCCCCAGGAGGGGGUCGACCACCACCACUCCACCCGCUACUACCCCAAAGAGGGCAACAAAGUCUACGAAAUGAAAUACCGCCUCCCGAAAGCCACCUGCGACCACUGCCUCUUCCAGUGGCGUUACAUCGCCGGGAACAACUGGGGCACGUGCCCCAACGGCACCGGCGCCGUGGGCUGCGGGCCCCAGGAGGAGUUCCGGGCUUGCGCCGACGUCACCAUCUCCGGGAAGGGCGUCCAGGAGAUGGAGGAGGACACCACGGAGGUGGAGGUGGAGGUGGCCACCACGACAGUGGCGGCGCCACCCAGUGGAGAAGAGACGCACAGUCCGAUCACGGCACUUGUUCUUAGUCUUGUGUCUUUUUUACUCGUAUUUUUGAUUUUGUCCCUUUUAUACAUUCACUUUUACCAAGUUGGUAAGCAGUUGAAGAGUUGGCUCAAAGGGGACAAGGACAAGGAACAAGCGCCCAUGCCGCCGCCUAGGACGCGGAGGGCGCGGAAUGUCGAUGGGCUUGAUGAGGUUGAUUUGAAGGUUGAAAGUGUGGCCUAACGGCUGGGACUGAUGCAAUAAUGUAUUUAUUAAGUUUGUAAAUAAAUUUUUUAUCACUC